CAGUAAACACUCUCCGACACGUCUUCCAUCUACCGAAGGGAAUGAUUUUAAAUUCUUCGUUAUUCCCUGCCCCCAAAACAAAACUGGGGCGUCAGCUUUCUUCAUACGUGCGCAAGUGCCCAUGGGCUCGACUCCUAAAGAUGGAAACGCCGCGAGUACUUUUGUUUUUCAUUCUGUGGGUGCCGGAGAUUGACAGCAGCUGCGUCGGGAGACCAACCAGCCCCCCGCCCGCGACCGGCCAGACAGGACAGGCUCUCCCGUAGUUCUUGACAGUUGCCUUCCUCUUAUAGCGGACGCUGAAUUUGUCUUUCACCUCGCAGAUGCAACAGAUUCUAGUACCGAAGCCAGGUGUACAACCACUCAGCAUUAAUAGCCACUGCGACCAAUAAAUUUCCAAGCGAAAAUCUCCGGCCCCUUCGGGUCGUGACGCCUGCUUCCGGGAAGCAGACCGGAAGCCGCUCUCGAGUCUGCGUCAAACGCGACUUCAGGGGCCGUCGCAAAAGUGUCGCCCUCCGCCUCUCGGACGGGCCACAGGUUUCCACUCGCCUCCGGCCGGGGGUCGAGCACUGCGGGAGUCAGUUUCCCUCAAGAUGGCGGACGAAGAGGCUGGGGGUGCGGAGAGGAUGGAAGUCAGCCCCGAGUUGCCCCAGACCCCUCAGCGACUGGCAUGUUGGUGGGAUCAGCAAAUUGAUUUUCAUCAUGCUUUCUUGCAACAUUUGGCACAACUGGUGCCAGAAAUUUAUUUUGCUGAAAUGGACCCAGACUUGGAAAAGCAGGAGGAGAGUGUACAGAUGUCAAUAUUCACUCCACUGGAAUGGUACUUAUUUGGAGAAGAUCCAGAUAUUUGCUUAGAGAAAUUGAAACACAGUGGAGCAUUUCAGCUCUGUGGGAAGGUUUUCAAAAGUGGAGAGACAACAUAUUCUUGUAGAGACUGUGCAAUUGAUCCAACAUGUGUACUCUGUAUGGACUGCUUCCAGAAUAGUGUUCAUAAAAAUCAUCGUUACAAGAUGCAUACUUCUACUGGAGGAGGAUUUUGUGACUGUGGGGACACAGAGGCCUGGAAAACUGGUCCUUUUUGUUUAAAUCAUGAGCCUGGAAGAGGAGGUACUACAAAAGAGAGUUCACAUUGUCCGUUGAAUGAAGAAGUAAUUGCCCAAGCCAGGAAAAUAUUCCCUUCAGUUAUAAAAUACAUUGUAGAAAUGACUAUAUGGGAAGAGGAAAAAGAACUGCCUCCUGAACUCCAGAUAAGAGAGAAGAAUGAAAGAUACUAUUGUGUUCUUUUCAACGAUGAGCACCAUUCAUAUGACCACGUCAUAUACAGCCUACAAAGAGCUCUUGACUGUGAGCUUGCAGAGGCCCAGUUGCACACCACUGCCAUAGACAAAGAGGGUCGUCGGGCUGUUAAAGCAGGUGCUUAUGCUGCUUGUCAGGAAGCUAAGGAAGACAUCAAGAGUCAUUCAGAAAAUGUCUCUCAACAUCCACUCCAUGUAGAAGUGUUACACUCUGAGGUUAUGGCUCAUCAGAAAUUUGCUUUGCGUCUUGGCUCCUGGAUGAACAAAAUUAUGAGCUAUUCAAGUGAUUUUAGGCAGAUCUUUUGCCAAGCAUGCCUUAGAGAAGAAUCUGGCUCUGAGAAUCCCUGUCUCAUAAGCAGGUUAAUGCUUUGGGAUGCAAAGCUUUAUAAAGGUGCCCGUAAGAUCCUUCACGAAUUGAUUUUUAGCAGUUUUUUUAUGGAGAUGGAAUACAAAAAACUCUUCGCUAUGGAAUUCGUGAAGUAUUAUAAACAGCUGCAGAAAGAAUAUAUCAGUGAUGAUCAUGACAGAAGUAUCUCUGUGACUGCACUUUCAGUUCAGAUGUUUACUGUUCCUACUCUGGCUCGACAUCUUAUUGAAGAUCAGAAUGUUAUCUCUAUCAUUACUGAAACACUUUUAGAAGUUUUACCUGAGUACCUGGACAGGAACAAUAAAUUCAACUUCCAGGGUUAUAGCCAGGACAAACUGGGAAGAGUAUAUGCAGUAAUAUGUGACCUAAAGUAUAUACUGAUCAGCAAGCCCACAAUAUGGACAGAAAGAUUAAGAAUGCAAUUCCUUGAAGGUUUUCGAUCUUUUUUGAAGAUUCUUACCUGUAUGCAGGGAAUGGAAGAAAUCAGAAGACAGGUUGGGCAACACAUUGAAGUAGAUCCUGAUUGGGAGGCUGCCAUUGCUAUACAGAUGCAACUAAAGAAUAUUUUACUCAUGUUCCAAGAAUGGUGUGCUUGUGAUGAAGAACUCUUACUAGUGGCUUAUAAAGAAUGUCACAGAGCUGUGAUGAGGUGCAGUACAAGUUUCCUAUCAGGUAGCAAGACAGUAGUGCAAUUGUGUGGCCAUAUGUUGGAAACUAAGUCCUACAGAGUAUCUGAGGAUCUUGUAAGCAUACAUCUGCCACUCUCUAGGACCCUUGCUGGUCUUCAUGUACGUUUAAGCAGGCUGGGUGCCGUUUCAAGACUUCAUGAAUUUGUGCCUUUUGAGGAUUUUCACAUAGAGGUACUAGUGGAAUAUCCUUUGCGUUGUCUGGUACUGGUUGCCCAGGUUGUUGCUGAGAUGUGGCGAAGAAAUGGACUCUCUCUCAUUAGCCAGGUGUUUUAUUACCAAGACGUUAAGUGCAGAGAAGAAAUGUAUGAUAAAGAUAUCAUCAUGCUUCAGAUUGGUGCCUCUUUAAUGGAUCCUAACAAGUUCUUGCUAUUGGUACUUCAGAGGUAUGAACUUGCUGAGGCUUUUAACAAGACCAUCUCCACAAAAGACCAGGAUUUGAUUAAACAAUAUAAUACAUUAAUAGAAGAAAUGCUUCAGGUCCUCAUCUAUGUUGUGGGUGAGCGUUAUGUGCCUGGAGUAGGAAAUGUGACUAAAGAAGAGGUCACAAUGAGAGAAAUUAUUCACCUGCUUUGCAUUGAACCCAUGCCCCACAGUGCCAUUGCCAAAAAUUUGCCAGAGAAUGAAAAUAAUGAAACGGGCUUAGAGAACGUCAUAAACAAAGUGGCCACAUUUAAGAAACCUGGUGUAUCAGGCCAUGGAGUUUAUGAAUUGAAAGAUGAAUCAUUAAAAGACUUCAACAUGUACUUUUAUCAUUACUCUAAAACACAGCAUAGCAAGGUAGGAAAAAAGAGAGAGGGACAGAGAGAAAACAAAGAUGAAGCAUUGCCACCACCAUCACCUCCUGAAUUCUGCCCUGCUUUCAGCAAAGUGAUUAACCUUCUCAACUGUGAUAUCAUGAUGUACAUUCUCAGGACCAUAUUUGAACGGGCAGUAGAUCCAGAUUCUAACUUGUGGACUGAAGGAAUGCUCCAAAUGGCAUUUCAUAUUCUGGCAUUGGGUUUACUAGAAGAGAAGCAGCAACUUCAGAAAGCUCCUGAAGAAGAAGUGGUAUUUGACUUUUACCAUAAGGCUUCAAGAUUGGGGAGUUCAUCCAUGAAUGCUCAGAAUAUACAAAUGCUUUUGGAAAAACUCAAAGGAAUUCCCCAGUUAGAAGGCCAGAAGGACAUGAUAACAUGGAUACUCCAGAUGUUUGACACAGUAAAGCGAUUAAGAGAAAAAUCUUGCUUAAUUGUAGCAACUACAUCAGGAUUAGAAUCCAUUAAGAAUGAUGAGAUUACUCAUGAUAAAGAAAAAGCAGAACGGAAAAGAAAAGCUGAAGCUGCUAGGCUGCAUCGCCAGAAGAUCAUGGCUCAGAUGUCUGCCCUACAGAAAAACUUCAUUGAAACUCAUAAACUAAUGUAUGACAAUACAUCUGAAAUGCAUGGCAAAGAGGAUUCUACUAUGGAGGAAGAGAGCACCCCAGCAGUCAGUGACUACUCUAGAGUUGCUCUGGGUCCUAAACGGGGUCCGUCUGUUACUGAAAAGGAGGUGCUGACAUGCAUCCUCUGCCAAGAAGAACAAGAGGUGAAAAUAGAAAAUAAUGCCAUGGUUUUCUCGGCCUGUGUCCAGAAAUCUACUGCCUUAACCCAGCACAGGGGGAAACCCAGAGAACUCUCGGUGGAAACCCUGGACCCACUUUUCAUGGAUCCAGACUUGGCCUAUGGAACUUACACAGGAAGCUGUGGUCAUGUAAUGCAUGCAGUGUGCUGGCAGAAGUAUUUUGAAGCUGUACAGCUGAGCUCUCAGCAACGCAUCCAUGUUGAUCUUUUUGACUUAGAGAGUGGAGAAUAUCUUUGCCCUCUGUGCAAGUCUUUGUGCAAUACUGUGAUCCCCAUUAUACCUUUGCAACCUCAAAAAAUAAACAGUGAGAAUGCAGAAGCUCUUGCUCAACUUUUGACCUUGGCACAGUGGAUUCAGACUGUACUGGCCAGAAUAUCAGGUUAUAAUAUGAAACAUGCUAAAGGAGAAAGCCCAAUAAUUCCUGUCUUGUUCAAUCAAGGAAUGGGAGAUUCCACCUUUGAGUUCCAUUCCAUACUGAGUUUUGGAGUUCAGUCUUCGAUCAAAUAUUCUACUAGCAUCAAGGAAAUGGUCAUUCUCUUUGCCACAACGAUUUAUAGAAUUGGACUGAAAGUGCCUCCUGAUGAAACAGAUCCUCGAAUCCCCAUGAUGACCUGGAGCACAUGUGCCUUCACCAUCCAGGCGAUCGAAAACCUGUUGGGAGAUGAAGGAAAACCUCUGUUUGGAGCUCUUCAAAAUAGGCAGCAUAAUGGUCUGAAAGCAUUGAUUCAGUUUGCAUUUGCACAGAGAGUUACCUUUUCUCAAGUCGUGAUACAGAAACAUCUGAUUCGUCUUCUCUCAGUUGUUCUUCCUAACCUAAAAUCAGAAGAUACACCAUGUCUUCUAUCUAUAGAUUUAUUUCAUGUUUUGGUAGGUGCUGUCUUAGCAUUUCCAUCUCUAUACUGGGAUGACACAGUUGAUCUGCAGCCUUCAUCAAUUAGUUCUUCCUAUAACCACCUUUAUCUCUUCCAUUUGAUCACCAUGGCACACAUGCUUCAGAUACUUCUUACAAUAGACACAGGCCUCCCCCUUACUCAAGUUCAGGAAGACAGUGAAGAGGCUCGAUCUGCUUCGUCUUUCUUUGCAGAGGUUUCCCAGUAUACAAGUGGCUGCACUGGGUGUGGUAUCCCUGGCUGGUAUUUGUGGGUCUCCUUGAAGAAUGGCAUCACCCCCUACCUACGCUGUGCUGCAUUGUUUUUCCACUAUUUACUUGGGGUAACUCCACCUGAAGAACUGCUUACCAAUUCUGCAGAAGGAGAAUACAAUGCACUCUGCAAUUAUCUGUCUUUACCCACAAAUUUGUUCCUGCUUUUCCAGGAAUAUUGGGAUACCGUAAGGCCCUUGCUUCAGAGGUGGUGUGCAGACCCUGCCUUACUAAACUGUUUGAAGCAGAAAGGCACUGUGAUCAGGUACCCUAGAAAAAGAAAUAGCUUGAUUGAGCUUCCUGAUGACUAUAGCUGCCUCUUAAAUCAAGCUUCUCAUUUCAGGUGCCCACGGUCUGCAGAUGAUGAACGAAAGCACCCAGUCCUCUGUCUUUUCUGUGGGGCCAUACUGUGUUCUCAGAACAUUUGCUGCCAAGAAAUCGUGAAUGGGGAAGAGGUUGGAGCUUGCAUUUAUCAUGCACUUCACUGUGGAGCAGGAGUCUGCAUCUUCCUUAAAAUCAGAGAAUGCAGAGUGGUCCUGGUUGAAGGUAAAGCCAGAGGCUGUGCCUAUCCAGCCCCUUACUUGGAUGAAUAUGGAGAAACAGACCCUGGCCUAAAGAGAGGCAACCCUCUUCAUUUAUCUCAUGAGCGAUAUCGGAAGCUCCAUUUGGUCUGGCAACAACACUGCAUUAUAGAAGAGAUUGCUAGGAGCCAGGAAACUAAUCAGAUGUUAUUUGGAUUCAACUGGCAGUUGCUGUGAGCUCCAAUUCUGCCUCAAGACAAUCACGAAUGACUUCAGUGGGAAGACUGAUUGAGAAUUACGGAGACCUUUCCAAGGGCUGGGGAAGGAUUGGAGGGUUUUUUGCUCCAUGUCCAGAUUCACGUACAUCAAUAAAAUAUUCCUUAAUGGAGUAUUGCUUUCAAUUAGAAAAUGUAUGCUUCAAGGGAAAGAAGGACAUAGAUUACCUGUUUUAUGUUCUAGAACACUAAAGAAAUGCUUGUUCACGCCAUGUGUCUGAUUCUGCUAAUAUUUCCAGGAAGCUCAUUCCCCUUCAUAAUCUGUCCGAUUUCAUUUCAUCCACCUAAUGAAUGAAGUCACAUCAAGUAAAUUGUGUACAAUGUUGUAUUGGAUAACUUUUCUGCCAUUUUGUGUUUGUUGGUUUUUCCCCCAAGUUUAGUCUAGCUGGCACUGGAUCACUGACAAGAGUCUAAUAUCUGUGAUAGUCUUCCUUGCAGCUGAAGAGGAAAUGCAGAAAUCAUGCAUUACAGUUCAUUUGAGAAAGACUUCAAAAAUGUAAACCUAUUAUUUGUGCUUUAAGGAAAUACCCCUAAUUUCCACCUGCUGACUCCUAUAUGGACAGAUUGUGAUUUCAGCCAGUGUAAAACAGUAUUUUUCUUCUGUAGACGCCAAGAGGACCUAGGAUACUGCUUUCGUUACUCAUUCCUGAUGAGAAGAGUAGCCUGUAAUCCACACCUCUGACUACAAACAGCUUUGUUAAAUUCUGAAAUUACACUUUCUAUUUCCCAGAGGCAGGUUUCUACAGUGAUAUUUCUUAUCUCUUAAUCAUGGAACUACCCUAUCUGACUCGUAGAAACCUAAUAUGAUUCUGAUGGAAACUAUUUAUAGAAUGAGAGUAAGAAAAUUCUCCCAGUGAAUGGAUCAUGACAAUUGUAAAUUAAAACUAUCAGAUUUAAGCCAACUCUGCAACCUUCUGUGUCUUUGUAAAAGACAAAUCCUUGAUUUGUUCCCUGUGUGCAACCUUCUCAUAAAUUCUGGUUGUAUGACUAGUACAAACAACUUUAAAAAGCCAUGUAAUCAGUAGUCUGCAUCCCAUAAUAAAUGCCCUGUGGUUGAGCCAUCUUGUUUAUAGAUAACCGAAGUCUCCCGACUCUGUGCAUAGACUUCUUGGUUUUGGGCUUUAACUUUUUAUAUCAAGAACUUGUGAUACAAAACAAAAGACAGAAGAUAUAUUGAAACCCUCUAUUUUAGCUUCUGUUUUCUCUGGGGUAAUGUCAGGUGUUUGAAAGAUUCAAAGACUGUAUCUUAUUUUGACUUUGGCUACUACUGUCUUAUAUGUGUGGAAGUGUUUUGCUAACUGCUUUUUGCUCAGCAAAGGCAAGCAAAUAAAAAUAUAUAUGCUAAGUGAUUCAUGCACAUUUGGGGCGAGGUAUUUUUUUUUUUGGUACUUUUAUGUAAAGAAAAGUGAAUUUUGUGGUAAGGGCUUGGCAGGAGCCAGUAUCGGAAUCACAAUCAUGAAUUUUACUUGAAUAAUUGCUAUUCAGAAGAUAUCAGGAAAUAUCUACAACUGUAAUGAAUUUGUAACAAUCAACAGGUGAGGAUCAGAAAACUCAGUAUUCACUUUGUCAGAUUUGCCAGUUUAAAUGAUUUGAACAUUUUCCUUUGUUUCUUAUAUAAUUUAUCUGAUGGAUUGUUUGGAAGUCUGACCUAGAAUAGACAACAGAAAAUGCUGAUUUCUGCCCUGAUUGGCCCCAGUUUAACAAAAUAAACUUUCAUUCAAGUUGUUUCAUGUUCACUUCAUAAAUCCUGGAGUUAAGUUCUCAAGCUGCCAGAAGGACUACCUGGCGAUGGCCAGCCAGACCUUAGCUGCCAAAGAGCACACUUCUUACUGAGUUCUGCUUAUUGGGCUUGAUUCAGAUCUCCACACUAUAGAUGAACGUAAGUUUCAGCGCUGCCCCAAGCCCGAAGGAUUUCUCAUUAUGUUCAGAUGUACCAGUGGUAUGCCUUCAUCACUGCAAACAAUUAUGCUUAUGAAGUUUACUCACAAACAGCCAAGUCACUUUGUUUUCUUUAGCACAGUAAAUGAAGGAACAAGUUCAACAGGAUGGCCCCAAAACUGUGUUUCUCAAAUGUUUAAUGAGGGACUGGCAAGAAUUUUAAUGAUACAGUGAAGAAAAACAUAUCUGUAAAAUUAAUUUAUUAUGUUGGUGUAUGGGCUGUGAGUUCAUCUUUUAGUGGUCAUUUGUCAUUUCAUAACAACUAUGCAUUUUGGUUCACUGUGAUGAUGAUCUAUAUUUAGUGACUGCAACAUGUUUAUACCACUGAUUCAAAUUCCAUCCAUGAUGAAGUUAUACAAAUAAUGCAUAUAUUGAUAUCUUUUAUUGCAAAAAUGUAAAUUUAAAACUUGUAUAAUGUUCUUGUGCUUUUUGAAAUAAAAUAUAUGUGUAUAUUUAAAAAGAAAAAA